CGGCGGCUGCCACCUUCCAGGCUGCCUCACCUGCCUCGUCUGAGCCCCAAGGCCUGUGGGCGGCUGGGGAGGGGGCUCUCAGACGUUGUUCCCGAGGUCAGGCGGUGGGUGGGGAGAAGCAGCCCCAGAACAUGGGCCUGCCCCGGGUAUGCCCUGAGCCUGGCCACCACACAGGCUGAGAGGGAGAAGGCACGAACCAGGCCCGCCUGCCCCGCCCCGGGCGCCAACCCACAGCCUGACAGCCCUAAUUGUUGGUGACUGACUCACCCCACUUCAAAGGCCCCAGCUAUUUAACCCGCACUGGGCUCUCUGGAUUCUGCUCUGGAGCCGCCCCACCUGCAGGACCGCCCCCAGCAGCAGGUGUCUCUCCUCCCAACGCGCAGCAGGCACAGGGCGCAGGCCGCUCCUGGCCCUCUCCCUCCCGUGGCCGCGGCCCAGCCAUGGCAGCCCAGGCGUCGCUGUGGCACCACUACCUGCAGGCACUCCGGUCUCGGGCGGCGGCCCGGGCCCAGGACUUUCAGCGAGCAGAGGAUGUGCUCCUCGUGGUGCUGGAGCGUGUGCACGCCCUGGACCCCCGCUUCACCCUGGACUACUCCCGCGACCUGGGGGCCUUCCAGUUUGCCCUGCGCUCCUCAGAGGACCCGCUGGGCUGGGAGGUGCCCCUGUGGGUGGACGCCGAGGCCCUCCUGAUCGAGCAUCCGGAGGAGGGCUCCGAGUCCUGCCUGCUGGGCGUCCCGCAGGAAGGGGCCGGCCUGGAGCGCUGGACUAGUGGCGACGUCCUCAGUGCCCCCACCGAGGGCAGCCGCACGUGCCGCGGCCACAUCCUGCCCAGCAAGGUCCUGCGUGUCCUUCAGGACCUGCUGGUGGCAGCCAUCGUACACUGCAGACACCAUGGGCUCAUCGCGCCAGGUAGGGGCGUGUCCGCUGGGGCGGCUGCGUGCGCAGAAGCACAGCUGCACUUGUCCCUGCGGGUGGCCGUCGGCUGGAGAACCGUCCACUUCCACAUCGUGCCUGUGGUGAGGAGACGUGGGGCUCCCGCCCCGGAGGGAGCCCUGCUGAUGCCUGGAUUCCCAGAGGGCAGCUUGACAAGGGUCCUCAGCCACGGCGUGGACCUGGUGCCAGCCAGUGCCCAGCACUGGAGGCCCUCCACCGACUACCUGCUCACCAGGCUGCUGGGUGCACUGGACUCCCUCCAGGGCCACCGCCUGGACAGUCUCUCCAUCCUGGACCGGGUGAACCACGAGAGCUGGCGGGAUGGCGGCCAGAGUGCCGGCCUGACUUUCGGCCACCUGAAGGCCGUGCUGUUGUGGGCUGCUGUGCUAUUCCCAGAGCCCCAGGACUGGGCAGAGCUGCAGGGCGCGGUGUACCGCCUGCUGGUGGUGCUUCUCUGCUGCCUAGCCACCAGGAACCUGCCCCACCCGCUCUGCCCGGAUUGCAACCUGCUGCAGGGCUCCGGCCUGGACCUGGGCGCCAUCUACCGGCGCGUGGAGGCCUUUGCCAGCCAGCCCGAGGCAUCCCUGCGCAUCCACGCCACCCACCUGGGCCACAGCCCCCCACCACGCAUCAGCGCUGGAGUCAAGGCGCUCUUGCAGCUGCCCGCCAGUGACCCCACCUACUGGGCCACCGCCUACUUCGACGUCCUGCUGGACAAGUUCCAGGUCUUCAACAUCCGGGACCAGGACCGGGUCUCAGCCAUGCAGAGCGUUUUCCGGAAGACCAAGGCCCUCGCUGGAGAGGACUGCUGAGCCGAGCUGCCUGCCUG